CCACUCCAUAUUUUCGGUCUCCUCUGCUUUACUCACUCACUCAAACUCUCAGCAUUUCAAACAAGAACUUGGGCUUUAAAAGCCCAAAGUUGGCCUACUUUAGAAAUGGAUGGUACUGCGUGUGCCUAAGGCAGAAGACACCGUCCCCCGUCCUCAACUUCCCGCCUCAAUUGAACCUUCAUCCGUCUUUGUCGUCCCUUCACGCAAGAUUUCCACGCUGCCAUUCCUCUUCAUCAGUCACCCACUACUCGCUCACGACUCAUCGACAUUCCAGAUCGCUCAGGCCACUGGUUGGUGAUUUGUCUCAGAUCCGGCUGCAUUCGGUCUCCGCCCUUCGAUCCUUGACUCCAACGUUGAUAUUGGGUUUUAGAAUCUACCUUAAUAAGAAAACACCAAUGGCAGAACUUAGUCUGGGUAUAUUGAUAGACAUUCUAGAUGAGGAAUGGAUGAGAGACACACUCCCUCAUGAUGAUCUUUUACUCCCUCCCGUGCUGGUUGUUCGGGCUGAUGACACCGAGGACUCAAAUCAGGAGACUCAGCCAGUUGAUACUGAUACUUGGCAUGAUCUUGCCUUAGGUAACCAAUGAACCGCCUUCUCCUAACUAAGGGUUGUCUGUUUUCAAGAAACUUGCUUCGAGUUAUAAAUUUUAUUAUCAAAUUCUCUUGCGGUAUUUGUAUCGUAGAUUGUCAUAUUUCACUAAAAUCCAUGUUGUAGAGUUAGGUAGAAAGUGUUUGUUUGUGGUAAAAGAAAUUAUGUACAUGUUGGUGGCAGUCAGUUAAGACUAUUGAUGGAUUUGCUGUUCUCUUUUGUAAUUUGUUGUGUGAAGACAGAUUGAAAUGUUAUUUCUUAUUAUGAGAUCUUUGUUCAAUUCCACUUGGAAAAAACUUUAGAGUUGCU